AUGUCCGGCGUUAAAACAAUACAGCUCUCCCAUGUGCCCUUAAAUCGGCCUGUUCACGUUGCUUUAUAUCGAAAUCUCCAGAAUGCAUCUUUUUUAAGGGAGCAACUCCUUUCUGGGAAUACUGAAUUCGAAUAUGCCUUUAUCGACGCUACAAUGAUUCUCUCUACCACACACAUACUCACAGCUGUAUUUAGAGCCCUUAAUGACUAUCAAAACAACCGACUGAAGUCAAAGAAUGUUCAUUCGGAAGUAGUAUAUUCUCUCAGCUCUAAUAAUAAUAUAGCGGAGUCGUUUCGCAAGUUCGGUUUAAUCGAUACUACGGAGGACUUGCUGGUGAUCAAAGUUUCCACGUCCCCGGAGGCUACAAAUGAGUCCGUAGCUCAGCAUCUUCAGAAGGUCAUCAAAGGAACCCCAGUUGAUUUUAAUAACGAGAACCUACGUCUUGUAUCAGAUGUUAGCAAGAUCAAAAAAGCGUAUAAAUUGGGAACCGGAAAUGCGAAACCGGGGCAGAAAGCUGAAACAAACAAGGCAGGUCAAAAUGGAUAUACUAGCUCAGCUACGCUGGAGGCUGAAAUGAAAGAUCUUGAAAGGACUAUCAUUGGUCUUAUGGCUCUGAGAGGGGCGUAA